UAGGGCCAAUUAUUCUCAAUAUGGGAGCACUUAUAGCGGCCGUUAAUGGCGGAUUCUCCAUUCCGCCGCAUCCAAACCUCAGCCUCGAUCUUCUCUCAAAAAUCCCUUCUUUAACCCCAAAUCUCUCCCCCAAUCCAAAGGAAAGCCGAUGAAUUCCUCCAAUUUUCCCAAUGGAUUCCUCCCUGACGACGUCGUGGUUCAAAUUCUCGCGAGAUUGCCCAUCAAAUCCCUCUUCAGAUUCAAGUCCGUGUGCAAAUUAUGGCGGCGAUUGCCCUCCGAGAAGCACUUCAUCGACCUCUACUUCCAAACAUCUGCCAAAGAUCCUACCUUGCUGAUCGAAAUCCCCGAUUCCAUCCAUCAAUCAUCCCGUCUCGUCCUCAUCGAUCGAUUCCGGGAGGUGACAGCGCUUUCAAUGGAUUUCUUGAACGAUAGGGUUAAGAUCAGAGCCUCUUGCAACGGAUUAUUCUGCUGCGCUAGCAUGAGGAAUCGAGGGGUCUACUACGUUUGUAAUCCGAUGACCAGAGAGGUCCGAGCGCUGCCGAGGACGAGGGAGAGGCCCUUCACCAGGUGCCAGCCUGAGUACGAGGCUACCCUCGUCGGCUUUGCAUUUGAUCCGUUUUCUUGGACAUUUCAUGUGGUUCUCGCCGGCUUCCACCGCCACUUCGGCUACCGGCCCCAGGACCAGUUGGUCUGCCAGGUGUUCGAUUCCAGAACCAAUGCUUGGAGUCGAACCAUUUCGUGUUUAUACGAAGAAUUCACCCAUAUGAAUCGCAGCCAGGAGGAGCUUGGGGGAAGAUUUGGCUGCCGGAUGAGGUGUUGCUAACUAGAUAUGGCUCGAGAAUUUAUCUUCUGGAGCUGGAAGGGUUGGUGUCGGUGGUUCAGAUAUCAGGGGUCUGGAUGAGUGUGUGGGUUUUGAGGGAUCAUGGGACUGACCAAUGGAGUUUAGUGGAUAAAGUGCAUCUCCGAUGCAUCAAUGGAUACACAGCUAGUGUGUUCCCAAUAUGCCAGAGCAGAGAUGCGAUCUUCAUGGCGACGCAGAAGAAGGUGUUGGUGUACGAUCGGAGUGGCAAGGUGUGGAAGGAGGUAUAUGCUGUGAGAGGUGCUUCGACAUACCCAUUGUGGUUCUUUUCAUAUGCUUUCAAGUCCUCACUUUUUCCUUGCCGCCAUUGAGGUGCGGAGUUUAAACAGAGGAAUUACUGUUGGAUACUUAUUUUGACUGCUUCAUAAGUAUUAUUGUAUAUAUCUAUGGAUAGGUGCUGUAAAUGGAUUGACAUGUCUAAGUAGUUUUUUAUUUUAUCACUUCUACUUUACUCUGAUGUGUAUGAUUCUGGUUCAGAUGAAAUUAUGAAAUUCCUCAGUCAAGUUUUGUUGGAUAGUGCUUGACUGCUGGUGAACUUGUGGCUUACUGGUUAUUAA